UGACGUCAAAUCUAACGGCGGAAUCGCAUCAUGAGUCCGUUCUGCCGGCGACAAUAAACACCGUUUAAUUCCAGCUUGAUCAGCCAGCUCCCAUUCUUGACUAUUUAUUUUAAUAUUAUUUAUUUCCCUGCAAGUUUUCCCUGGUUUUCUCACUAACCAAACGACUCCUAGAAAACUGCCAAUGUCAACUGCUACUGAGGCAGAAGAAGAAAGCACAUGGGAACAAGUCUUGAGAAAGAUGUUACCUGCAGGUGCACCAUUGCCAGAUGAAGACCAUCUCGAUUAUUCCAUCGCUGUCGAAUAUCAAGGCCCUCCUGUUCCUUACCAAGUCCCUCGUGUUGAUCCACUCAAUCUUGAUUCACUCUCCAUUCGUUCUUCUUCUCUGGUAUCCGUUGCCGACGACACGGAUGUUUCUGUUCCCGUUGCUGCUCCGAUCACUGCUUCAAAGAUUUCCAAGUUCAGUCGUUUUAGGAAUGGAACUGCUAAUGUUUUAGUUAAAGAAUCGACCAGUUCCGUGCCGCAAAUUGAAAAGGCAGUAAAUGGAGAAAAUGAGGAAGAAGGAGAAUCGGCACAAGUUGUUAAUGGAAGAAAGGGAGAGGAAAAUGAGGGAAAGCGUGUAAAUGUAGUGAAAUUUAAUACUCCCAGGGAUUCGGAAACCGAGGAUGAUGGAUAUUCAUCCACGCAAUCUAGUGCUGCGGCUGAUGCUUUGAGGCCAACCUCGGCGGUUCGGAAAGGGUCUAGGAAGAGAGGAGUGUGCAGUAGAUGUGGGAAAAAGAAUAGGUUGAAGGAGAGAGAGGCGUGUUUGGUGUGUGAUGCCAGGUAUUGUAGCAAUUGCAUGCUUAAGGCCAUGGGAUCGAUGCCUGAAGGGAGGAAGUGUGUUAGUUGCAUUGGGCAUCCCAUAGAUGAAUUGAAAAGGUCUAGUUUGGGUAAAUGUUCAAGGAUCUUGUCCAAAGUGUGCAGUCCAUUGGAGGUUAGGCAGAUUAUGAGGGCAGAAAAGGAGUGUGCAGCCAAUCAGUUGAGGCCCGAACAAUUGAUUGUGAAUGGGAGAUCACUCAGGCAAGAGGAAUUGGCUGAGGUUUUAGGGUGUCCUAUCCCACCUCAGAAUUUGAAGCCUGGAAAGUAUUGGUACGAUAAGGAUUCAGGACUAUGGGGAAAGGAGGGAGAAAAGCCCGAUAGGAUAAUUAGUUCCAAGCUUAAUGUUGGUGGUAAGCUUCGGUCAGAUGCUAGCAAUGGAAACACAAAGGUUUACAUAAAUGGACGUGAAAUAACCAAGGUUGAACUCAGAGUGUUGAAGCUGGCCAAGGUACAAUGCCCUCGGGAUACACAUUUUUGGGUGUAUGAUGAUGGAUCUUAUGAAGAAGAAGGGCAAAAUAAGAUAAAAGGGAAAAUAUGGGGAAAGGCAUCAACUCGUUUCAUCUGCUCAUUAUUUUCACUGCCUGUGCUGCAUGGAAAUCCUUUUGUGCCAAAAGAAGAUCCAACAACCUUUUCAGGUAAAUCCGUUCCCAAGUAUUGGGAACAAGGAGGGGUCCAGAAACUGCUGUUAUUGGGGUUGGAAGGAUCUGGAACCAGUACCAUCUUCAAGCAGGCAAAGUUUUUAUAUGGGAACAAGUUCACUCCAGAAGAGUUGCAGAAUAUUAAGGUUAUGAUUCAAAGUAACAUGUACAAAUAUCUUAGCAUGUUAGUUGAAGGACGAGAGAGAUUUGAAGAGGAAGCUUUGAUGGAAAAGACAACUACCCCAGUGAAUGCUGAAGAAUCUGCUUCAGAAUUUGAAGGAAAUCAACAAUGCAUAUACUCAAUCAACCAAAGGUCCAAGCAUUUUUCCGACUGGUUACUGGACAUCAUGGCUACAGGAGACCUGGAUGCUUUUUUUCCUGCUGCAACAAGAGAGUAUGCUCCUAUUGUUGAUGAGGUCUGGAAAGAUCCUGCCAUACAGGAGACAUACAAGAGAAGGGAGGAACUGCAUCUUGCUGAUGUUGCCAAAUAUUUUCUAGAUCAGGCUGUUGAAAUAUCAAGCAACGAAUAUGAACCUUCAGAAAAGGACAUUUUAUACGCUGAAGGAGUCACCAAGAGUAAUGGCCUUGCGUUCAUGGAAUUCUCAUUUGAUGAUAGAAGCCCUAUGUCUGAGAUAUAUAAUGAAGAGUCUGAAUGUCUGCCUCCCUUGGACAAGUACCAAUUAAUUCGCAUAAAUUCCAAAGGAUUGCAUGAUGGUUGCAAAUGGCUGGAAAUGUUUGAAGAUGUGAGAGCUGUUAUCUUCUGUGUUGCAUUGAGUGACUAUGAUCAAACCUGGGCCUAUGGUUCAGGUCCUAGUUGUAAUAAAAUGUUGGCUAGCAGAGACAUAUUUGAGAGUUUGAUGAGGCACCCCUGUUUUCUGGACACCCCUUUUGUGCUGUUGCUGAACAAGUAUGACGCAUUUGAGGACAAGAUCAACCAGGUUCCUUUGUCCACCUGCGAGUGGUUUAAAGAGUUCUGCCCUGUGAGGACCCAUAACAAUAAUCAGACACUGGCUCACCAAGCUUACUACUAUGUGGCAGUGAAAUUCAAGGAGUUGUAUUCUUCUAUUACUGGGCGUAAGUUGUUUGUGUGGCAGGCCAGAGCCCGGGAGCGUACAUCGGUUGAUGAGGCAUUCAAAUACAUAAGGGAGGUCCUCAAGUGGGAUGAAGAAAAGGAUGAUGACAUGUAUGGAAUCACUGGGGAUGAUUCAUUUUACAGUACAGAAAUGAGCUCCUCUCCUUACAUGGGGCCGGAGUAGCUAAUCCCUUUUCUUUAAACUGGCAAGCCAUCAUUUUGAUUUUUGAGCUGGGAGAUUGAUAAUUUUUUUUUUUUUAAUGGAUUUUGGGUAAAUAUAAUGGUCGAAAUUGAGAGAUUGAUAUAGCUUUUGACAAGGAUCAUUCUGCUGCAUGUUCUUGUUGGGUAGAGUAGGUAUUGAUUUAUAAAUAAGCUAAUGGUCUUUUGUUCUUUCUUUUUUUUUUUUUUUUUUUUUUUUAGAGGGUUGAGGGAAUUUAUUCGCCUGUAUAGCUUUAUCUAUGCACCAUAAAUAACUGAAGUUUAUGCAAUCAUUUUAUCAUUCAGAUUUGUUGCAAGUAGACAGGACAUUGCUGUUGGUUGGCUUGCCAGCUCUUCAGAAUCUGCACGGAAUGACGUUUGGAGUUGGAGAUAUUAUAAAUACAUUAUUCAUCAUUUCUACCAUGAACUUUGACAAUUA